CCGUUCUCAGCACUUUGGCCAAGCCAGGCUUCCUUUGAGAAACCCAGGUGUCCCCUUCCUGCCACCUUGAAAGUACUGUUCAAAGCAUCUUUGUUCCAGGCUGGACUGAGGAAGCCGCAGCCCCGCCCUGACCUCCUUAAUUAGCCCCUGGCCCGGCCCCCAGCCCUCCUGGCUCUUUAAGCCCCCAGGCCCGCCCCCAGCCCAGUUAGCAGGGACACCAGGCGCAAGGGUGAGAACAGGGUCCCGGGGCUUGGGGCAGGUGGGGGGAGCAGCCAUCAGACACAGAGAUACAGGGCGGUGAGUGGCUGGGCUCCAGGGCUUACGUUAGGUUGCCCAAAGCUCUCAGUGCUUGGAGGGCAGGGGUGAUCUCAGGGACCUGGGCGGAGGGCAUAGAGCCUGGGCCACAGGGCUAGGACUGGGAAAACGGCGUGGGGGAGAGACGGGGGGGGAGCCCUGGACCAGGACCCUCCUCUUCUCUCUCUGCAGCUCCCACCCGAGGGCAGUACCACCCUUAGCCGGCCCAGCCCUGAAGACAGAAUGAGGGGGACUUCCUGCCUCUGGGCCCUGCUCCCACUGCUGCUGGGAGCUGCUGGGACGCUGGAAUCCGCAGGCUGCGGGCAGCCUCGUGUGGCCAGUCGGAUCGUGGGAGGCCGCGACGCCCGGGCCGGAGAGUGGCCGUGGCAGGCCAGCAUCCAGCACCGCGGGACGCACGUGUGCGGGGGCUCCCUGGUCGCCCCCCAGUGGGUGCUGACGGCCGCGCACUGCUUCCCAAGGAGGGCGCUGCCGUGCGAGUACCGCGUGCGCCUGGGGGCGCUGCGCCUGGGUCCCGCCCCACCCGGUGCUCUCUUGGCACCUGUGCGGAGGGUGCUGCUGCCCCCGGACUACUCGGAGGACAGGGCCCGUGGCGACCUGGCGCUGCUGCAGCUGCGCCAUGCGGUGCCCUUGAGCGCCCGAGUCCAGCCCGUCUGCCUGCCGGAGCCGGGGUCUCACCCACCACCCGGCUCGCCAUGCUGGGUCACUGGCUGGGGCAGCCUCCAGCCAGGAGUGCCACUCCCAGAGUGGCAACCUCUGCAGGGGGUAAGGGUGCCACUGCUGGAUGCUCGGACCUGUGACCGCCUCUACCACGUGGGCACCACCGUGCCCCGGGCUGAGCUCAUAGUGCUGCCCGGGAACCUGUGUGCCGGCUACGCCGAGGGCCAUAAGGACACCUGCCAGGGGGACUCUGGAGGACCCUUGACCUGCCUGAAGUCUGGCCGCUGGGUCCUGGUGGGUGUGGUGAGCUGGGGCCAGGGCUGUGCCCUGCCCAACCGCCCAGGUGUCUAUACCAACGUGGCCACUUACAGCCCCUGGAUUCAGGCUCACCUCAGCCUCUGAUGCAGUGACACUGACCUGAAGCCAGACGCUGGGGUCCAUCUGGGGACCUGCACAUCCCCCACCCGCCCCUUCUGACCUAAGGCUCAGAGGCCUAAUAAAGCUAAAGGGCCGGCCAUCCAUCCACUUAUCUGUCCAUGCUGUGUGUCCUGCAGGUCUCACGUUCCCUUCCCUUCCUGCUCACACUUACCUCCCUCUGCUCCAGCCAGGGGACCCCAAAACAGGCAAGGGGGUCAGUGCUGGGGUGGGUCUGUGUGCCCCUCUUUUUUGGGGGAAGUUAGGGAGAUUGAGAUGUGAGAGGGGGAGUUCCCGUCGUGGCUCAGCAGUUAAUGAACUUGACUGGUAUCCCCGACCACUCGGCUUUGAUCCCUGGCCUUGCCCAGUGGGUAUGGAUCCGGCGUUGCCGUGAACUGUGGUGUAGGUUGCAGACGCAGCUCAGAUCCCGUAUUGUUCUGGCUGUGGUGUAGGCUGGCAGCGGUAGCUCUGAUUUGAACCCUGGCCUGGGAACCUCCACAUGCUGUGGGUGCGGCCUUAAAAGACAAAUAAAAACAAAAAGAAAUGUGAGAGGGA